AUGGACAGUUACUAUUUCGCAAUUACUUGUUGGUUUUUCCAAAUUUCUUCAAAUUUCUUUACUAUUUCAGGCAAAUUAUGGAUGGUAUCACAUUUCGCAGUUAUUUGGAUCGUCGUGUGCUGCGCGAAAAAGUUUAAAAAUGCAAAAGAGCCGGUUUUUGCCCGGAAAAAGUUCAUUUUCAUCGUUUUUUUCCAGAAAAGCGAUAAAAAGAGACCAAAAGAGGAAGGCAAAAUAGAAACUCCAAUGGCAGCGCCAAGAAGAAAUCGCAUACUUGUGAUACCAAAUACGGAAAUAAAGUCGACGUCGAACAAAAGGAGGAGUCCCGACACCCCGGGUGGCCGGAAUAUUGAGGUUUUUUUCAACUUUCCUGGAAGAAUAAGCCCCCUUAAGAAGAAAAGGUCGAUUUAAGCGUUUGUUUAGUACAGACACUCCCCUAGAAAAAAAUAAGGAUGGAUUUUUAGACUUUUUUUCAGGAUAAGGACAACCUCCCCCUCCUUAAGGACUUGCAUGAAGAAAAUAUGCCCCCCUAGUGAUGAAAAUGUAGAUUUUUCAGCCUUAUUUUUUUGCUCAACUCUUGCGAAAGUUUUUGGUGGCCACUUUAGGGUUUUGACGUUCUAGUGGCCACUAUGGUAGUCGAACUGGUGGCCACUUAAGUGACUGGGAUUUGGGAGCCUCUUUAAAAGCCCAAAAGUGCUAUUAGAUCACUAAAAACUACUAUAGUGCCCACUAAGACCCAAAAUAGUGACUUCUAUCAACAGAUGUGGAUUCAGUGGCUAAGUGUAUUCUCCAAGUAGUCCUUGAGUAAUCUCUUAAGUGGCCACUAGAAUUUCACCCAAUCAUCCUCUUCAGCAAAGGGAUGAUAUACAGAAAAUUGUAUACCGUAACCUAUUAUUUUUUCAUCAAAAAAAAUCCCGCAGUCAGAACUUCACCACUUAUCGGAAGCUUUAUGUGAGAAAAUUUCGUUGAAAAAAGAGAAAAAAUAGCGAAAAAUUAGGUUUGUCCAUAGAGCACAUUUGCUCUUUUGCAAGAAAUUAUAAUUUUUUUCCGUUUUCACUAUAAAAUUCCCCAAAAAAAGGAACUCCUAUAUAGUUCAAGUUGUUCUUUGCUUUCUGCUCAAAAAAAAAUCUUUCAAUUUUCUUUUUCCUUCAGCAAGACGAUUUAAAAAGGACACGAGACGCCAGUAACAAGGACACGCAAGAAAAAAAGACGGACGUGAAGAGUGAAGCGUAAAAAUGACGAUUUUUUCACUUCUGAAACUUAUUUUUCCAGAAAAAAGUCAGCAAAAACAGUUGUCUACGACCCGGACUCGUUCAAUAAGCUCGACAACACGAUUGCCGAAGAUUCGCGUAAUUUUGAAUUUGCUUUUUUCAUAAAAAUGGCCGUUUAAAAUUUCGAUGAAGCUCGGAAUGCAUUUGGGACCUCCUGAUCUUUAACUGAACUGUUCGACUUCCAAUAAAAUUAAGAAAUAUUCAAAAUUUUAAUUUUUUUAGACUUUACGGUGGAAAAAAAGAGUUCUGGACGUCUUUAAAGCGUUAAAACUGCAUGAAAAAGGAAAAAAAGCGGUUUUUCAAUUUUUUUGAACGAAAGUGUCCCAAAAAGUCCUAAAAUUCAUUCCAAGGAAAUUUUUACCACCUUAAUAUUGACUUGAAAUUUUCAAAUACUAUGAUAAUUUUUUUCGCUUAUCAAUAUGGCACGACAUUCCUAAUGGGGUGAGGGAAGGUGAGCAAAGUUUCUGAAUUUACAAAAAAAAGUAAGUGCGCGCUCCGGAUAAAAUGACGUCAUUAUUACACUGAGUAUUCAACUUUAAUAACUUGUUUGUUCGUUUGGCUGCGUACUUGAGAUUUAAAUUUUCGCGUCAAAAUUUUUUUCCCCACUCCGUUUGGGAACACCGUGAUGGGAACUAGGGUCUCUAAACUAAGGCCUUAAAAUUGCUGACCUCUCCUAUUGAGAAAAAGACAGUAUUCGGUGUCUUUGAAGCGUUAAAAAUGCACGAAAAAGGAAAAAAAGCACUGUUUUUCUUUCAAUUAUUCUAAAAGAAUGUGUUCUAUAGUCAAUGUUUCCCGACUUGAAAGGCGAGGGAGGCGGGGCAAGGGGCGGGACGCGUAAUGUGUGCGUACGCGGUUCUUGGCGCCAGUGCAAUUCAACCGCCGUCACCUAUUUAAAAAGCUCGGCAACCGCUCUUUUUCUGUAUUUUCUACUAUUCUGUGAUGCAUGCCUGAACAUAAUCAAUAAAUAAUCAAAAAAGAAGUGAAAAGAGCGAUAAACGAGCUCUCCAAAGAGUAGCUGGCGGUUGAAUUGGACUCGUGCCAAGAACCGCGUACGCACACGCUACGCGUCCCGCCCCCUGCCCUCGCCUCCCUCGCCUUUCAAGUCGGGAUACAUUUAGGGACCGCAGACGAAUUUUUCAAAAAAAUUUUUUUCAGCAUUGAGCUUUGUAUGGUUUGAUAGCUGUUUUUGAUUCAAAACUCAGAACCGUUUAGUUUUUUUCGAAAAAGAUUAUGGAUGAAAAAAAGUUAUGACGAAAAAUUGUGGCGCGCCGCGCACCAUUUUUUUAGUACUGAAAUUUUUGGUAUUAUCCAUUUUUUUGACAUUUUUUUCUCGAUUUUUUUCUUCCAGAACAAGUUUUUGAUACUGGUCUAUUAUGAUGUAACAAAUCAUAAUAGAUUGCUAAAAUAAUGCUAAUCAGCUAGUUUGCCGAAAAAGUCGGUAUUUUCCAGAAAACAAAAAAAACGGGCGCUUGCGGGCAUCGAACUCGCGACCUCAAAACGAAAAAUCGCAGCGCACGCGCUGCGCCAAGCUGUUAGGUCUAGCGAAGGGAGCUUCCAUCCGCCAUACCCUUGAGCCGUUUGAAUAGCACAGAUUGCCUAUUUCAAAAAGAAAAACUUGAAGUAAUGAAGCUAUUUUUAUCAGAAUAUGUUCGCAAAUCUUUACUCAAACUUUUCGUGGAAAUUCACUUCGAAAAAACUGUUUUUUUAGUGCUUUUUGCCUCGUUUAACGAUCGCUGCGUUAAAACGGCCCCGUAAAUUUUUUUGGCAAAGACGAAUUUUUUUAUUUUUAUUCUUUUUAAUUGAAAGAUUUUUUUACUAAUAAAUGUAUAUAAUCGUUUUAAAAAAACCUGCGUUCGACCGCUUUCGGUGUGAUAAACGCCGCUAAUUUUAUUCUCUAUUUUCAAGAGCAUUUUUGCGUAUCAAACAACUUUUUCAAGCACAUAUGCUGUGGAGAAAAAAAUUUAAGUAAGCCCAUGGUCUAAAUUUUUGAAAAAAACAAGAACUCGAUUAUAUUCGCUUAUUAACGAUAUUUUUGAAUUAUGACUUUCGGCACUCCCUAAAAAUUUUUUUGGCAAAGACGAAUUUUUUUAUUUUAUUGUUUUAAAAUUACCGUUACUUGAAUCAAAAUCAUUAUUUAAAAAGAAAGAGUGCGUUCGACCUAAAAACACAUGAAAAAAAGCAAAAAAACGACAAAAAUUUUUUUAGUUUCAUUCACGUUUUUUUGUACGACAUUCCGCGAGAACGCAUCAAAAAAAGCGUGAAAUAUUUUUUUCAAACGAAAGAGGAAGCUUUUUUUGUACAUGUGUGCCAAAAAUUUAUUAUCCAGUUCCACAUAUUUUGCAACUACAGCAAAAUGAAAGUUGAACACCAAAAAAAAGCCACUUUUUCUAUCGCGAAAAGGGGCGUGGCUUUGCGGUCCCUAGAUACAUUGACUAUAACAGUCCUAAACUUCAUUCUAGGGAAGUUUCACCAUCUCAAUUUCGACUUAAAAUAUUCAAAUAUUAUGAUAAAGCGUUUUUCGCUUAUUCAAGUAGGAACUAUGAUCUCUAAAUCAAGGCCUCGAAAUUCUGAAUUCUCUUGUUGAGAAAAAGACAGUUUUGGGUGUCUUUAAAGCGUUAUAACUGCACUAAAAAGGAGAAAAGGCGCGGUUUUUUCGACUUUUUCGAAAUUAAACAGUCCUGAAAGGUCUAAACUUCAUUCCAGUCAAGUUUCAGUACCUUAAUAUUGGCUUUAAACUUUCAAAUAUUAUGAUGAAACGUUUAUUUUUCGCGUAUUUAAGUAGGAACUAUGAUCUCUAAAUCAAGGCCUCGAAAUUCUGAAUUCUCUUGUUGAGAAAAAGACAGUUUUGGGUGUCUUUAAAGCGUUAUAACUGCACUAAAAAGUUAAAAAGGGCCUUUUCUCGACUUUUUCGAAAUGAAAAUGUCCUAAAAUUCCCGAAAUUAAUUUUAACCAAGCCUACUAUCUUACCAUGAAAAUUUUGAAUAUCACAAAAAAAAAAUUAUUUUAUUCUAAAAUUCCAAUUUUUCUCAGCUGCCGUACACGAUCGAGCGAUCAAGGCAGCUUCGGAUGGCUUGAUUUUUAGACCCUCGGAACGUUAAAUAUCAAGGCAAUAUUGAUGCUCAGGUACAGUAUUUUUUUCUUCUGUUUUUUUAUUAUUUAUUAAGAGGGUCAUCAUUAGAAUAUUAUGUUCCUAGAACGUUGAAUUAAAAAAAUAUCUUUUCGAAAUUAUUUCUUACGAUGGCUUGUGAAAGGCUCAGUGAUGCAGAAAAUCACGAUAUUCCUGCAUAUUUUCAAAAAAUGGGACCAAGAUUUUCAGAAUUAACAAAAAAAGUUGUGAAGAUUUCCAAACUUUACACUAAACUCCCCUUCAAAACUCAAAAAAAAAACCGUUUUUCACAAAAUUUACUCUCUUUGACUUCCACGGGACUCGAACCCGUGACCCUCUCAACUAAAACAAUCCUCUAAUCCACUGAGCCACCACUCAGGAUCAGAAGCAGGCCGCUGACAUUGUUGCCGAGAUCAACGCCGCAGCUCAGGAAAAAUCAAAGUCCGAAAAUGACAAAAAGAAGAGUAAUGAAAAGGUUUUUUUUGUAUGAUUUGAAACAUUCUAGCCUGUCUGCACUCUCUUUUCUCUCACCGGUGAGGUGUUAGGAACAUGAAAAUGAUUAGGAACUCUAGAGUGGUUCCUCUAGGGGCAACCUUAGGGGUUUUAUGAACGUUCCCCUCGAGGGACCGUCUUCAGGAAGCUCUGAAGCUUAUAAGUGGCCUCUCUAGGGGUUUCAGUGAGUGGCCACUCCAGGGGAGCAUGUUAGUGGUUCCUAUAAGUCUCUUUAAUGCGUCUUUUGGAUUUCAAACCUCAACAAAAAUGUAAAGAUCCCUAUAAGGGCCACUUAAGCCUAUGGGACUUCUAGGUCAGGCUAAACCCCUAUAGGGACCACCUAAACUUUACCCCUAUAGGGAUCACUUUUAUGUCCCCUACUGAAACCACUCUAACGUUCCCUAAAAAGUAGGCAAAAAUGAGACCAUCGCCGAGAGAAAAGAGGGCGCAGACAGGUCAGAAAGAAGGAAAAACUUCAAAUUUCAGGUCACGAUCAAUGAGAAAAAAUGCGUACUGUACGAAACGAAUGACAUUGAAACGGAAGAAUACGAUCUCAACAACGACUCACAAUCCAGAAUUUGA